GAGUAGUGGAGCCCAGACACUGACUGAGGGAGAAGAAGAAAAACGUUGUGUGCAGACUUAAGAGUUUGGUCAAAUCAUAACCUUUGUCAUGGAGAAGAGGACUUCCACCUUAGCUCUGCUCUUUGUGGUGUGGUCAGCCGUUGCUGCCAUCCAGGUUGACAUCCCUAAGAAGGAGUAUGAGUUUAUAAGAGGAGACAACAUCACUCUGCCCUGCACAUUUAAAACCACUCAAAGCAAUCCACCCCUGAUCAUCAUCUCAUGGUCUGCUGAGGGUCCAGACACUCCUGCUGAUGAGACUCUCAUUCUCACCCAUUAUCACCCCGGUGGACUCACAGACAUCAAGUCAAAGUACGAAGGUCGGGUGUCUGUGGAUGUAAAUGUUGCUUCUGGCAAAGCUGAUCUUAAGCUUUCCUCCAUCACAAUGGCAGACAACAAAGAGUUUGAGUGUCGUGUCCAGAUUCCCGGAGAUGAUGAGGGCCAACCAGCAGACACAGCACGUUUGACCGUUCUAGUGGCUCCAUCUAAUCCCAUUUGCAAAAUUGAAGGGAAAGCAGAAUACGGGCAGAACAUAAACCUCACCUGUUACUCUGAGGAAGGGUCUCCUCCUCCCACAUACAAGUGGGACAGUCGUGAUGUGAGGAACAUGCCUCGUGUUCCAGACCCUAGAACCACCGACAAAGGAGGCAUCCUUUCUCUUUAUGACAUCUCUAAGGAGACCUCAGGAUACUACAUCUGCACAUCAAGCAACAAGAUCUCCUCUGCUACCUGCAACAUCCCCGUUGCAGUCCUUCCACCUGCCACGAACACCGACUCCACAGCAGGAAUCCGGGCUAUUCUCAAUCUUUUCUGUGGGCUUGUCAAGGACUAGAGGGCUCUGUCAUAGAGUAAAACUGCAGCAGUGGAGGGUUCAAAUCCCAGAGGAGGAAGACGGGAAGAACCUUCUAGGCAGUCACAGUACCCCUGAAGAUACUCAGAAAUAUUUACUUUGAUAAGUCAUGGGAUAAUUGACACUCAAAAUCAAUUAAUACAACAAUUACCAAACACAACUAAAGUGACAGGAACAAAAAGUAACCAUUUCACUACUUUUAAGAACAGGCAGUGAUAGUGUUGUGUUUUUGUGCUUGUCUGUGCCCUCAACAUUUUGCCCAAAAUGACACCUAUAAAAUGCUUACCCCUUUUAAUAUUCUGUGAUUUUAUAUGUUCGGUUUGGUACUUUUCUCCACAUCAGCACAUAUAUGUGAGAUCUGAUGUGUAGUUAGCUGAACAGCUGUGUUUUACUUUCUUGUUUUAUCUUUACUUAUGAAAAGCAAUACAAUGGCACCACAAGAGGAGCGAAUAAAGAUUUUCUCAAAA